AUGAAGGCUAUUAAAUUUUUAAACAAUGAUCAAUACGCAAGAGACCUUGAUCGGAAGAACAUUGAGAGGAUUAAGAGAAUUUUCGACACAGAAGGUUGUUUCCGUCUGGACAGAAGUAAUAGUAUACCAGUACUUGCCGAUGAAGAUGUGUUCCGACAAACUAUAAACAAAGCAGGACUAGGGCCAGGAGUUGGACCUUAUCUUAAUCUCGAUUUUGGAGAUGACGAACUCCUAUGCUUACACGGGAGACAUCGGCUUCUAGCGGCAUACGAAUACCUACCUCCGAUGGACCAGUUUUGGGUGGUUGAUAUCUUUGUCGACCCAAACGAACAAUUAAAAAGCCAUGUUGUCCGAGAUUUUACAAACUCCUUGAAUAUUAGUGAUGGUGAGAUUUGGCGACAUAUUCGGAUGUGUACCAAGCUGGGUGAUGAUUCGGGGGAGAGGGAGUGGUGGUCACGACUUACAAAAGGAAAGGAUCAGGAUCUACAUCAACUGAUAAGACAUCCUCAGUUUUGCCAGGCAUUCGACAAACUCCUUGUGUUUCCGGGACUGUGGACUGGGCUUCAGCUGGGCUCCUUACAUAGAUUUCUAUCUCUUAAAUGCGAUGAGGAAAUUAUUCAUUAUCUUCACCACAUUUACCUAGUCUGGUCCGGGAUCUUUGCAGGUUGUAUAGAUUUCCAGACUUUCACAGACUCUGAUUCUGUGAGACGAUUACAACUGAGGGCCCCCAACUCGUCGAGAAAGGAUUUCCAGGAAAUAACAGAAAAUAUGGAAAAGGGAGAACUAUUUCCAUCAAUUCAAGAUGUAAGAAUCAGAGGGCUUAUACUCCAUAAUAUCCGCGCAACAAAAAGAAUUAUACCAAGCCUCUUUACAUUUUUCGAGGACCUUAAAUACCUUGAACCACUUGCGAAUUCGAUGAAGAAAUUAAUUGGGCCGAUGAAAAGAUCAACCAAAACAUCAGUUUACAGAGAGUUUCAGCAAGUAUUCACGGUACCAGCUACACGGCCCGCCGGCAGUUGCGACGAAGUAGUUGAGCUACAGUUGAGCGAAGGGGAGUUUGGAUCAUGUUAUGGGAGCUUGCGAGAAAAGAUGGAAUUUGGGUAUAGACAACUUUGGAUAUACGCGAUGCGUCAUUUCCCUGACUUGGUCUCUUUACCACCGCUCAAGGAGAAUGGACAACCUAAGCCUAUCAUUAAGGAAGUUGAUCCUGGCACCUUAAUUCGAUUUGCAGACUUGGCAUACCGGUUUGGUUUCGAUUCUCCAGCGAUUCAGAAAAUAAGAUCGGAGAACCCCGAUUAUCAAAUUGCUUUGGCGUUCCUACAGAGAACAAAACCCGCUGAGCUUUACAUCUAUGACCAGUCAACCUUAGAGUUGAACGCCAAGUACAUCUCCCGAAUUCUUGCAGCAUUUGAAAAACGGGGUGGGGAGCCGCAGAAUCUACAGGGAACCACAGGACAACACCUGAGUAAAGAUCGUUUUGUUCGGAGAUGUGGUAGACCUUUCGAAUUUGAUUACCUGAGAGAUAAGAAUAAUCUUUUUAUCCCCCAAAUCAACGAAAAUCGUGCUGGAGGUCAAGAUAACGAUAUUUCUUCCUUUUUCGUGAGAGUUUCCUUUUAUCUAGCGUUUUUCGGGUCAGAUAAUUUUGAGCUAAUGAAUGCUCAAAAUUCUGAAAUGGACUUACAAUUACCAUCCCCGCAACUACCACCCGUUUCGAAUUCCACGGCUACUGCACAGGCCGACCUAGAAACCCAAGUGCCUCCACCGCUCGCGGUGGCUGCGCAGGCCAAUCCGGACAACCCAGUACUUCCACCACCCCUCGCGACGGUUGCUGUGGAGGCCAAUCCGAACACCGAAGCACUGUCACCGAGUUCAAUUGCCUCCUCUGAACAAUACAAUGUCUGGGAGGAUGGAGAUAUAUCCAUGGAAGAUCUUCUAGGGUCACCAUCAGCGUCAAACCCUAGACAGAAGUUAACCCGGACAAGCCUGAAGGGGGCUGUAAUGAGGGUUAGCUUAAAGCCUAAUAUUACUAGUAAUGUCAAUAAUGUACGACUCAAGGUGUCAAGAACCGGUACGACUAAAACAAUUUUUGAUGCGAGGUUCAAAUACUCUGAUUCGCAGUCUAAGAAGUUUUUCAUAGGCCAGAACCAACUUCGUGAACUAAUGGUAGAAGCCGCAAAACAACAGUUUACGGUAAAAGAUGGUAAUGGGCAGAUAAUGGCUCUGCAGAAAGUGGAAGAAACCCUGACCUCUGGUAGAACGGGGGUUGUCACUCUCCAGAAGUAA